CACAACACAAUGUGCUCGUGUUACUGGUGCCGCUGUGUUGCUGUAGUAGCCUGUCCCGGUAGACUGCUGCUUUUGUUAUCAUUGUGGAAUUGUCUCUCUUGUGUUCUUAGUUUUGGAGUUCCUUCUAUAUUUGGUUCUUACGUAAUAACCAUUAGGGAUAUACAAAACUGUAAAGAUGUUGGAAGUAAGGAUUAUUCUUUCUUUCCAAACGGUCCAAACUGUACCGAGUGUAAUACGAUUCUGGAGUUGAGGAUGCCGUUUGAUGAUCAAGUUUGGGGAAUUCACAAUGUAGAUAUUUGGGUAAAUGGAGGAUGGAAACUGUUGGGGAAAACCAACUUCACCAAAGGGUGUUCAGAUACUACAGAAGCUUUCCCCGAAUUCUUUGGUCUGUUUGAAGCCUACAAUAUUACCUUGUGUCCAGUGCCUAAGGGAAGAUACAACCUUAAGGAUUUCACCCUAAAGGAACUAAGAAUGUCCAAAUUCCCUAAACUACCGUACAGCAGAUACCGGGAUACUGUUGUCGCCUACAGAACGGGGAAGAGAGUUGGUUGCGUCAUCGUCACCUUCAAUAUUUCAUCAAGAACUCACUGAGAGUGUUUAUUGUUAUAUUAUAUUGUUGUGAGUGGACAAUAUAGUUGAGUACAUAAUUCUUAAUAAACCCCUUUUGUGACGUGUA